AAAUAUAGAUUUUUAUAUUUCGAGAGUCCAUAAUAAACAUCUAGUAAUUCUUCCUUCCAGCAAGUAUGUGACUCAUCAUCAUCCACAUCAGUUUGGCUGGCAAGAUAUACACGCAAGUCGACCAGUGGCAGCAAAUAUUGGUGAGAAAGGAAAAGAAAAUGACAUAACAUACGGUACAUGGCUAGUUCCGAGGAGAAAAUAUAGAUUGAAGAACAGCCAGUGUGUCACAGAAAGAAAAAAAUGGCUGAUGUACAUGGUGAUGCAAAGAUCAAAGAUGGACAAGCAGAGGCUGAAGAUACAAAUAACAUGGCUGCUUGGCUUCUUGGAGUAAAGAAAAUUCAAAUUCAACCUUAUCUUCUCCCUCCUCUUGGUGCUCAAGAUGUCAGAGUGAGAAUAAAAGCUGUCGGCAUUUGUGGGAGUGAUGUCCAUCACUAUACUCACAUGAGGUGUGCUAACUUUGUUGUUAAAAAGCCAAUGAUUAUCGGUCAUGAGUGCGCUGGCUUUGUUGAGGAGGUUGGGAGUGAAGUUAAGUCUCUGAAAGUGGGGGAUCGUGUUGCUUUAGAACCAGGUAUAAGCUGCCAGAGUUGCGAUCUUUGCAAGAAUGGUCGCUACAAUCUGUGUUCGCAGAUGAAGUUUUUUGGCUCCCCUCCAACUAAUGGUUCUUUGGCAAAUCAGGUGGUCCAUCCAGCAAGACUAUGUUUUAAACUACCAGAGACUGUGAGCUUAGAAGAAGGUGCUAUGUGUGAACCCCUUAGUGUAGGAGUUCACGCCUGUCGCCGUGCAAAUGUGGGUCCAGACACCAAUGUGUUGAUCAUAGGAGCAGGACCAAUAGGCCUCGUUACUAUGCUGGCUGCUCGAGCUUUUGGAGCCCCAAGAAUCAUUAUGGUUGAUGUUGAUGAGCUCCGGUUGUCAUUUGCAAAAGAUCUUGGUGCGGAUGAGAUUGUUAAGGGAUCCACAUCUAUUCAGGAUAUUCCUGAGGAACUAUUGUGCAUACAUAAAGCCAUGAAUACUUGCGUGGACGUGACCUUUGAUUGUGUUGGCUUCACCAAAACCAUGACCACGGCUUUAAAUGCAACCCGAGCUGGCGGUAAAGUAUGUCUGGUGGGAUUGGGGCAAAGCGAGAUGGCAAUUCCCCUAAUGGCAGCAGCUACUACAAGGGAGAUUGAUGUAAUUGGCAUAUUCCGAUAUAGGAACACAUGGCCACUCUGCAUCGAGCUCCUCAGGAGUGGUAAGAUUGAUGUGAAAAAACUCAUAACUCACAGGUUUCAAUUUGACAAUGAGGGGGUUCAAAAGGCCUUUGAGACCAGCGCUAAGGGCGGUAAUGCCAUCAAAGUGAUGUUUAACUUGUAAGGACUGAGGAGAGUAUGAUAUGAGCUAAUUGUGUCCUCUCUGGCUAUGUAAUGCAUGUUUAUGAAUAACCUGUUUGUUAAAUAAUGUGUAACUAGCAGUUAACAUGCUACUGCUAGAUUGUUUUCAAAUUUAAGCACCUACUCAAGGAAGCUGCAUUAAGUUCUCCCCGUUUGGUUCAAUCUCAACAAGAAUUUCACCAGAA